UUUAAUUACGAUCAUAUCCCUCCGAGAGAGAGAGAGAGAGAGAGAGAGGGAGAGAGAGAGAAAAGAUCGAUUCCGUUUUACUGUACAGCUGAAACUGUGAAUUGAUCGACAUGGCUUCCGUCUCUCCGAACGCUGCGCAAAAGCCCCGUUCAGUUGAAGACAUCUUCAAAGACUUCACCGGUCGCCGCUCCGCCGUUCUCGACGCCCUAGGUCGCGAUGUGGAGGAGUUUUUCUCGCUAUGCGAUCCAGAGAAGGAUAAUUUGUGCCUGUACGGGCAUCCGGAUGGGACGUGGGAAGUAGCAUUGCCGGCGGAGGAGGUUCCGCCGGAGAUGCCGGAGCCGGUGCUGGGCAUCAAUUUCGCUAGGGAUGGUAUGAGGAGGGGGGAUUGGGUGGCAUUGGUGGCUAUGCACACCGAUUCGUGGUUGCUCUCCGUGGCUUUCUACUUCGGUGCUCGCCUCAAUCAACUUGAAAGGGAACGUUUGUUUUGCCUUAUAAACAGUCUGCCAACUGUCCAUGAAGUUGUAACAGGGAAGAGAUUGUCUAAAGAUAAGCCUAGUGCUGAUAGUGGUCCAAAAUCCAAGCCUAGCACCAAGAAUGGCAAACAACCCAAAGAAAAUCCAAGGAGAAAGGAGAGCUUUGAACAUGACGAAGAUGAUAAUGAAGACGAAGAUGAAGAUGAGGGUGGAGACGAUGAAAGCAACGCUAUUUGUGGGAGCUGUGGGGAGAAUUACGAUGAGAAAGGGUUCUGGAUUGGGUGCGAUAUAUGUGAGAGAUGGUUCCAUGGCAAGUGUGUGAAAAUUACCCCAGCAAAGGCUGAAAGUAUCAAGAAAUACAAAUGCCCCUUUUGCAGCAAGAAAAGGGGUAGAGACUAGCCAGUGCCCAGUGCCAGUGGUGGAUAAGAUUCAGAGGUUUUAACCAAGGCAUAUACCAUCAUCCUGAUCGUGUUAGUUAUAUGAACAGAAAUUUACUGUAGUUGUUACUUGUUAGAGACCUCCUUUUCCCUUGAUUUCUCUCCAACUUUUAUCUUCCUUUAUAAUCAUAUAUUUUUC